AUGGAGGACGAUAACGCGAGCAAGGUGAUUGAGCUGGUGAACGAGGUAGCGGGUAUCUCCGAUUACAGGCCUCCGGUGAAGAAGCAGUACUGCAACUUGGCGCGGAGGUUGAAGCUACUGAUCCCGAUGUUUGAAGAGAUUAGGGACAUGAAAGACGCCAUCCCCGAGGACACUUCCAAAGCGGUCCUCGCCUUCAAGGAAGCUCUCGAAUCAGCCAAGGAACUUCUCAGAUUCGGAAGUGAAGGCAGCAAGCUUUACUUGGUCCUUGAGCGGGAUGGAAUUAUGAAUAAAUUCUACGAGGUGACAGCUCGGUUGGAACAGUCACUGGGUGGUAUUUCCUAUGAUAAACUUGAUAUAUCAGAUGAAGUUAAAGAGCAGGUUGAACUGGUUCUUGCCCAGUUCAGAAGAGCUAAAGGGAGGGUUGAUGAACUAGAUGUUAGGUUGUAUGAGGAUAUGUUGUCCCUCUACAACAACAGCAAUGAUGCAGCUACAGAUCCAUCUGUUCUAAGUCGAUUAGCUGAGAAAUUGCAACUGAUGGGAAUAGCUGAUCUUACACAGGAAUCACUUGCUUUGCAUGAGAUGGUGGCAUCAAGUGGUGGGGAUCCUGGGGCACGGAUCGAGAAAAUAUCCAUGUUACUGAAGAAGAUAAAGGAUUACGUUCAAACAGAAAAUCUAGUUAAGGAUGAUAAUUUAGGAGGAAAAGGCAUUUUUGCAAAAGUCUAUGGAGUUGGGACAAAUGAAAAGAGUCAUCAGGCUCCUGUUAUCCCUGAUGAUUUUCGAUGUCCAAUAUCCCUGGAAUUAAUGAAGGAUCCUGUCAUUGUUUCAACCGGACAGACUUAUGAGCGUGCUUGUAUUGAGAAGUGGUUGCAAGCAGGGCACGGGACAUGCCCCAAAACACAGCAGACUCUCACUAGCACCGUUCUCACACCCAACUAUGUCCUACGAAGCCUCAUAGCACAAUGGUGUGAAGCCAAUGGCAUAGAGCCACCUAAACGACACAGCAGUUCACAACCAAGUAAAUCAGCAUCAGCCUACUCACCUGCUGAGAGAAGUAAGAUAGACAGUCUUCUCCAAAAGCUCACAUCUGGCAGUCCUGAAGACCAGAGAUCAGCUGCUGGUGAGAUCCGCCUUCUUGCAAAGCGGAAUGCAGAUAACCGUGUUGCCAUUGCUGAAGCUGGUGCAAUACCUCUCCUUGUUGGUCUCUUGUCAGUGCCUGACUCCCGCACUCAAGAACAUGCUGUGACUGCGCUUCUGAAUCUUUCCAUAUAUGAAAAUAACAAAGGAAGCAUUGUUUCUUCAGGAGCAGUUCCAGGUAUAGUUCAUGUGCUGAAGAAGGGAAGCAUGGAAGCGCGGGAAAAUGCUGCAGCAACACUUUUCAGCCUUUCAGUUAUAGAUGAAAACAAGGUUACGAUCGGAUCUUCAGGUGCCAUACCACCACUAGUGACACUGCUGAGUGAGGGUACCCAAAGGGGUAAGAAAGAUGCUGCAACAGCACUCUUCAAUUUGUGCAUUUACCAGGGAAACAAGGGAAAGGCAGUGAGGGCUGGCGUUAUUCCCACACUGAUGCGACUGCUGACUGAACCCAGUGGGGGAAUGGUGGAUGAAGCACUAGCUAUUUUGGCAAUAUUGGCCAGCCAUCCUGAUGGGAAGGCUACCAUUAGAGCUGCUGAGGCAGUGCCAGUUUUAGUAGAGUUUAUUGGGUCUGGUUCCCCAAGGAACAAAGAGAAUGCAGCUGCUGUUUUAGUUCACCUCUGCUCUGGAGAUCAACAAUAUCUAGUACAAGCCCAAGAGCUGGGGGUGAUGGGUCCACUGUUGGAGUUGGCUCAAAAUGGUACAGACAGAGGCAAAAGAAAGGCUGCACAAUUACUAGAGCGUAUGAGCAGGUUACCUGAGCAACAGCAGGAAGUUCCAACACAAACUGAAACUCAAGCCCAGAACGAAGAUACCCAACCACCUUUCAUUACUAACCCCGAUGAUUCCUAA